UUCUGAACUUGUGAUCUGCCGCUCACUACUAAGGCUUGAGGAAGACGUCCAUUUAAAGCCAGACUGUUAAUAAAGACCUGUUAGUGAGAUUGGUGCCUCAGUACGGACAUGUCUUGAGGCAUGCUCAAUCAUCCAGAUAUCUGGACCUGGGGUGUGAGUUACCUAAAAAGGAGGAUUAAGGAUCUGUUGAACUGGCGGAGUGUUGUAGCUGAGAGAAGAGUUAUGGAUCAGAUGGCUUGAAAGUUCUGCUAUCACUGACAACUUGAUGUUCUAAUUGGAAAAAACAAAAACGCACUGAACUUGGAUUCCGAGUCUGCGUUUUGAGUCAGAAAACCUCAAACAUGACAGAUAAGUUUCCUUAGAAGCCAGAGUGUGCAGCAUGCAGAUGACCUGAUGGAUCCAAAAAUGAAUAACUCCAGUGCAUCCUCCAACAAGAAAAGCCCAGCUUGUAGCUGACUCUGGAGAUGUGGCUUCCCACUUUUGAAAUAUCCCAGCUGGCUAGGCCCUUGUAGUCAGUGAAGGUGAAAGUCGGACACUAUAAGCUCUCUGCCAACUGAUAGUCCAAAGCGGCUGGGAAAACAGAACUGCUGGUCACCACAAAAGAAUAAAGUCCCCUGAACCCAGCUGUGCAUCCUGGAAGAGUGAUCGGUCAAAGUCUGAACCACUUACAUUUAAAGAUGAACAAUCUUCCUCAAAAAAGACGUGUCAGGAGAAUCCUACGUACCCUGAUCCCAGCUUUGUGUCCAUGAAGAGUGAUCGGUCAAAGUCUGAACCACUUACAUUUAAAGAUGAACAAUCUUCCUCAAAAAAGACAGAUCUUGGAGCCGGAACAGAGUCUGCUAGUUUUCCAUGUAACCAUAACAAUCCUCAAGAUUUGGACUCCAUAUUUGCAUUACUUCAGGAGAACAUUAUAGCCUUUGUAAAGAAUGAACUGCAGAUGAUUCAGAGGGUUUUGAGUCAAGGAAACUCUGACUAUUUAGAGACUCAGAAGAAGCACGAGGAGGUGGGAGAUUUUGGUGAAGAAAAGCAGAUCAGGAUCAGGAGAACAGCUUUUCUUAAGAUCACACUGCAGUUCCUGAGGAGACUGAAUCACAACAAACUAGCUGAGUCCCUCCAGAGCAAAACUAACACAAUGAACUGCAAGCAGAAACUCAAAUGUAAUCUGAAGAAGAAAUUCCAGGUUUUGUUUGAGGGAGUUGCUAAAGCUGGAAAUCCAACACUCCUCAAUGAGAUCUACACAGAGCUCUACAUCACAGAGGGAGAGACUGGAAACAUCAAUGAUGAACAUGAGAUCAGACAGAUUGAAGCAGUAUUUAGGAAAACAGCCACAACAGAAAUGACAAUCAAAUGUGAAGAUAUCUUUAAAACUUCAUCUGAAAGAGAUGGGCCAAUCAGAACAGUGCUGACGAACGGAGUAGCAGGCAUUGGGAAAACAGUCUUAACACAGAAAUACACUCUUGACUGGGCUGAAGACAAAGCCAAUCAGGACAUUCAGUUUAUAUUUCCAUUUACUUUUAGAGAGCUGAAUGUGCUGAAAGAGAAAAAGUUCAGCUUGAUGAAACUUCUUCAUCACUUCUUUUCUGAAACAAAAGGAACAACCUAUAACUAUGACAAGCCCCAAGUUGUGUUCAUCUUUGAUGGUCUGGAUGAGUGCCGCCUUCCUCUGGACUUCGAAAAAAAUAAAACCCUGACUAAUGUCAGAAAGUCGACUUCACUGGAUGUGCUGCUGACAAACCUCAUCAGUGGUAAACUGCUUCCCUCCGCUCGCCUCUGGAUAACCACACGACCUGCAGCAGCCAAUCAGAUCCCUCCUGAGUAUGUUCACAUGGUGACAGAGGUCAGAGGGUUCACUGAUCCACAAAAGGAGGAGUACUUCAGGAAGAGAUUCAGAGAUGAGCGACAGGCUAGCAUUGUCCUCAGCAAUAUCCAGACAUCACGAAGCCUCCACAUCAUGUGCCACAUCCCAGUCUUCUGUUGGAUCACUGCUACAGUUCUGGAAGAUGUGCUGAAAACCAGAGAGGGAGGACAGCUGCCCAAGACCCUGACUGAGAUGUACAUCCACUUCCUGGUAGUUCAGGCCAAAGUGAAGAAGGUCAAGUAUGAUGGAGGAGCUGAGACGUAUCAAUACUGGAGGAAGAUGACUGAGUCUUUGGGAAAACUGGCUUAUGAUCAGCUGCAGAAAGGAAACCUGAUCUUCUAUGAAUCAGACCUGACAGAGUGUGGCAUCGAUAUCAGAGCAGCCUCAGUGUACUCAGGAGUGUUCACACAGAUAUUCAAAGAGGAGAGAGGACUCUACCAGGACAAGUUGUUCUGCUUCGUCCAUCUGAGCGUUCAGGAGUUUCUGGCUGCUCUUCAUGUCCAUCUGACCUUCAUCAAGUCUGGAGUCAAUCUGCUUUCUGAUGCACAAUCUAAAUCCAAGUUGUCUGAACUGUUAUUUAAGGACAACGCAGCUACAAAGUUUUACCAGAGUGCUGUGGACAAAGCCUUGCAGAGCCCAAAUGGACACCUAGAUCUCUUCCUCCGUUUCCUCUUGGGUCUUUCACUGGAAACCAACCAGAGUCUCCUGCAAGGUUUGCCAAGGCAGCAAGACAGUUGCUCAAAACCUAAACAGAAAACAAUCCAAUACAUCAAAAAGAUGAUAACAAAAGUCUCUUCACAGAGAAGCAUCAAUCUGUUUUACUGUCUGAAUGAACUGAAUGACAGUUCUCUAGUGGAGGAAAUUCAAAAAUCACUGAGAUCAGGAAGACUCUCCACAAAUGAACUAUCACCUGCUCACUGGUCAGCAUUGAUCUUCAUCCUACUGUCAUCUGAAGAAAAUUUCAAUGUGUUUGACCUAAAGAAAUACUCUGCUUCAGAAGAGGCUCUUCUGAGGCUGCUGCCAGUGGUCAAAACCUCCAGCACAGCUCUACUAAGUGACUGUAAACUGACAGACAGAAGCUGCUUAUUUCUGGCAAACAUUUUUAACUCCCCAUUGUGUAAUUUGAUUGAACUAGACCUUAGUAACAACAACCUCCAAGACUCAGGAGUGAUCUCACUCUGUGCUGGACUGCAGAAUCCAAACUGUCAACUGAAAACUCUCAGGUUGGACCAAAACAGCCUCACAAAUGCAUGCUGUCAGGAUCUCUCAUCAGUCCUCAGCACCCAGUCCAGUCUGAGAACUCUGUCCCUGAAUUAUAACAAGCUGCAGGAUUCAGCAGUGAAGCUGCUUUCUGAUGGCUUGUCCAGUCCACAGAGUAAACUCCAAAUUCUGAGGUUGGAAAAAAACUACCUCACAAAUGUAUCCUGCCAGAUACUCUCAUCAGUCCUCAGCACCCAGUCCUCCAGUCUGCAAACUCUGUCCCUGAAUUAUAAUCUGCUGCGGGAUUCAGGGGUGAAGCUGCUUUCUGUUGGCCUGUCCAGUCCACAGUGUAAACUCCAGAUUCUCAGGUUGUCUUUCUGUGAUCUAUCAUCGGAAAGUUGUGGUUUUCUGGCUUCAGUUUUCAGCAAUCAGCCUUCCAGCCUGAGAGAACUGGAUAUGAGCAACAAUAGUCUGUGGGAUUCAGGAGUCAAGCAGCUCUGUGUUGGUCUACAGAGUCGAUUCUGUAGACUGGAAACUCUCAGCCUGAGGUUCUGUGGGCUGACAGAGAAAAGCUGUGAAUUUCUGGGUUCACUUCUCAGCUCCAAGUCCUGUCAUCUGAAAGUGGUUAAUUUAAGUGACAAUAAACUGUUGGAUUCAGGAGUGAUGAGGCUUUCAGCUGAACUACAAAGUCCUGAUUGUCAAAUGAAAUCUCUCAGUCUGUCAAGCUGCUGGAUAGGUGAGAAAGGAUGUACUUCUUUAGCUUCAGCCCUCACAUCCAACCCCUUCAGCCUGAAGGAGCUGGACCUGAGCUACAAUCAUCCUGGUGACUUGGGAGCAAAACUGCUUUCUGCUAAACUGAACGAUCCCCAAUGCAGCCUUGAGACUCUCAGGAUGGACUACUCAGGAGCAGAGAGGCUAAAGCUAAGUGUGAAGAAGUUUGCCUGCAGUCUCACACUGGACCCUGAUACAGCUCACAGGAACCUUGCUCUCUCUGCAGACAAAAAGGCAGUACUUGGGUCAAAACGACCAAUUUUACAGUCACGGUGGGAAUUAUUUCCUAGCAGUCCAGAGAUUUAUUAUAAGUGGGAGCAGGUGCUAUGUACACAGGGUCUCACUGGUUUAAGUUACUGGGAGGUAAAGUGGAAGGGAACUGUUUCCAUAGGUGUAACUUACAAAGCUGGACCUGACAAAGGUCCAGAUGAAUCCUGCUGGCAUGGAGGAAAUGACAGAUCCUGGAUACUGCUUUGCAAAGAUAAUCAUUACUCAGCGUGGCACAAUUACAAAAUGACAGAAGUACGACUUUCUCGGCGCCCCGCUGGUUUUCAAAAAGUCGGAGUUCUUUUGAACUGGCCAGCUGGCAUUCUGUCCUUCUUUGAUGUCUCCUCUGACACUCGGAUCCACCUCCACAGCUUUUUCUGCAGGUUCACUGAGCCUCUCUACCCUGCACUUUGGUUCUGGUUUACACUUGAAAUGUACAAGUGCUCAGCAGCUUUGUGUGACCUGCAGGAAUAGGAGUCACCAAAUGUAAACAACUACUCUGGCUUAAAUGCCACACAGCACAACCUUUGUUUCCACACUGUGAUCACCUGACCACAUAUUUUGAGACAGGUCAGACUUUGAUGCAGAAAUGUUUUGAAAAACGUGCUUGAUCACUAAGCCUCUGACCCUAAUAGUUAAGACUGGAAUUGUCCUUUAGAGUACAUUUACGUGCUGUAUUAGUCAUUUGUAAGUAAGUGGAAGCAGCCAUAGUCAAUCUCUACAUGAAUAAUGAUUUCUUCAGCAAUAACUGCUCAUUAUUAAGUUAGCCCAGGCAUUAAAGACCUAUUCUGCUCAUAUUCACUUCUAAAGUGUUUUUCUUGGACUCCAGCAUAUCUUUGUUCACAGUUUAUUUAUCUUGCAUGACGACUUGGUUUUUCAAAGCAUAAACAUAUACUUGCCUUGUUUAUGAAUAUUGCAGGAACUUAUAUAGCACAUCGUUAUAUUAUUUUACAUUACAUAGUUAUAUUUACGAUGAUACAAUAAUGUGUUCUGUUAGUAUUGUAUUUCAUAUAUCUGCUGAUCAAAAUGAUGCUAUGAUCAGUAACUUGGAAAAUAAACAGUUUGUCCUC